CUAGUCAAAGAGAUUCUUUCUGAAAGGAAAAUAAAAUAAAUAAGCCACCAGUUUCUUUGUCCAGAAAUAUUGAACUGACGAAUAGUUUUCUAGGCGUGCAUGCGUUACUCACACAGCAUGUAAUGUGAUCAGAUCAAAAAAGGUGUUUUUGACAAGCACAAAUUAUUUUAUCUCCUGAACGUAUGAGUAACCUUAUUAUUUUUUGGACAUGUGCUGCAUAUUUAGUUUAGCAUGUCAAGUGAUACACAUUAUUAUAGCAGGACUCUUCAUAGCCAUCCUAGUUUAUUUCACAGUCUACGUUUACAAGCUUGCAACGACAUCUUGAUUGAAUGGCGUUAAUAAUAUGUUAUUAAAAUACAUUUAAGCAUAAUAUUUCGUUAUGUACAUAAACUUACGCAAGGUAUACGAUGAAAUGGAAUAACGUACUAGGUGUUGUCCACGUGUUACUUGAGAAAAUUUAACAUUCGUAACUUUGGUGCCCAUUUGUCUUUCUUUCUAAUAAUGUUGCAAGGGUCAAUAAUAUUGCUUUUCAUUCUGAACAUAUUUAUGAAGCACUUCGUAUUAAACAAUUUGCUGCUGAAGAAAACUUCUGGGGCUAUCUCUGAGCAUAAGAAGAUUCUAUUUGAGAGAUCAUUUGUAAGCAGUGUGUUCAAAAGCAUGCUACGAGAACCUGUGAUAGUUGAAAACUCUAAAAAACAAUAUUGCUGGUUUGAACUCAUGCAGAUAUACGACAAAGUUGCUGACUGUGUCUACAUAUUCAACAAAAUCUAUUCUGGACAGGUUUUUUUGAUGUUCACCUCUUGGGUCAUUUGCACCCUGUUGAUCAUUUGCAGAAUGUUAUCGCCAACAGUAAAUUUUUCAGAAGUAAUUUUUAGUGACAUCUUCAUGUACACUUCUAUCAAUGGACGUCCCAUAUUCAUGACGAAGAUGUGUGAAUUAUUUAUAGAGGAAAGAAAGAAAACAUUGGAAAUUCUAAUAAAUUAUUUAGUCCAUGGGAAUUUAGACGAAGCUUAUAGAGAUCAAGUGCUAACAAUGAUAGACCUGGUAGAGACGAGGAAACUAGAAAUAACUGCAAAUGUGUUCACAGUAAACGCGCCAAUAGUCCUCGGCUUCUGUGGACAGACGAUCUCGUACGCCGUAAUCAUGAUACAGUAUUUUUACUUGUACCUGUUCGCAGAAUGAUGUAUGUAAACGUAGUAGUAACGAAUAAAUACUUCGAUUGGUU